AUGGCGAAAGAUACAUCCAAUGGAGUAUCUAUAUCCGACUUUUACGGCUCCAGCACAUGUUUUUCGACCACACCACCAAGUUCCCCUCCAUCUCCAGUUAAGCUUCUGACUGUACUACCAUUUGCUUUACCUUCUCCAGUUAAGCUUCCGAUCAUACCACCAAGUCCCACUUCACCUCAUUUACCUCCAGUUAAGAUUCCGACUACACUACCAUCUGCUUUACCUCCUCUGACCCCAUUACCUCCAGUUAAGCUUCCGACCAUAUCAAUUAGUCCCCCUCUAUCUCCUUAA